GCCCGGGCCGCUGCUGCCGGCCGAGGCCGAGGCGCUGGUGCGAGCCCUGCGGGGCUCCGAGCUGCGCGACAUCGGCGGGCAGGGGUGCGGGGACACGGCCGUGGGGUGUCUGUGGUGGGAGAACAUGAAAGAGGGACUUUAAAUUUGGGUGGUUCUCUUUGGGGCUGUGGGAGCACAUGAGGGGGCCCAGUUUUGGGGGGGUCACAGUGGGGGUGAGGAGGGGUUCCCAGAAGGUUUUGGGUAGAGAGGAGGAGUCCUGGUUUUGAGGUGACCCCAGAGGGUUGGGGUGGCGUGAGAGAAGGGGCUGCAAUUCUGGAGUGUUCACGGAAGGAGUGGGGGAGAUUGGAGGGUCCAGGGUGAGGAGGGGUCCCAGAUGUGAGUGUCUGUGAGGGGGGUGAUGGAGGGGCUCCCCCUGGUUCUGUGGUGUCCCCACUGACAGAGGACACAGAGGGUGCUGCUGGGGCAGCAGGGCUGUGCAGUGGAGCUGCAGCCCCGGGCUCAGGGCACAGUGUGGGGCUGGGGGUUACAGGGGCAGGUUUCCCUACAUGAGGGACCCUCGCCACGGCACCCCCAGAGCGCAGUGGCACUGGUGUCCCGCUGGCUGCCCCGCAGAUGGCUUCGGCAGCACGAGUCUGUGGAGAAGCUCAACAUGCACGGCAUCCUGAGCGCCUCGGCGGGCCAGGAGCAGCUCCUCACUGAGCUGCUGGUCAGCCAUGCCAAGAUUCCUGUUCUCAUUGGGGAGCUGAUCUCUGUGGAGAUCUGGAAGCACAAGAUCUUUCCCGUGCUGUGCCAGCUGCAGGACUUCAAGCCGAGGAGCACCUUCCCCAUCUAUGUCGUGCUGCACCAUGAAGCUUCCAUCAUCAACCUCCUGGAGACAGUGUUCUUUCACAAGGAGAUCUGCGAGUCAGCUGGGGACAGCGUUCUGGAUCUAAUCGAUUACUGCCACCGCAAGCUGACCCUGCUGGCAGCUCGGAGCACCAAGGCACCAGCAGUGACCUCAGCAGAGCUUCGUGCCGAGCCUCUGGCCAGCCCCUCAUCCAUGCAGGAGCUGCAGAAGCAGGCAGAGGUGAUGGAGUUUGAGAUUUCCCUGAAGGCCCUGUCCGUGCUGCGGUUCAUCACUGACCAGCUGGACAGUCUGCCCCUGAGUGCACUGACACGGAUGCUGAACACCCACAACCUGCCCUGCCUCCUUGUUGAGUUGGUGGAGCAUUGCCCCUGGAGCUGCUGGGAAGCAGGCAAGCUCAAGAAGUUUGAGAAUGGCACAUGGCACACGGUGCCCCCUGAGGACCAGGUGAAGAUGACCAAGCUGGAUGGGCAGGUGUGGCUUGCCCUCCUGAACCUCCUGCUCAGUCCCGAGUGCCAGCGCAAAUACCACUUCGAUGGCUUCAACAAGAGCCAGCUCCUCAAGCUCCGUGCAUUCCUGACAGAUGUCCUCAUUGACCAGCUGCCCAACCUGGUGGAGAUGCAGAGAUUUCUGAGUUACCUUGCAGUGACAGACCCUGCUCCCCCCAAAAAGGAUCUCAUCCUGGAGCAGGUUCCUGUCAUCCGGGACCAUAUCCUCAAGAAAAACUCAGGGAAGUGGGAGGCCAUUGCCAAGCACCAGGUGAAGCAUGCCUUCAGCCCCACUGAUGAGGAGCUGAAGCUGCAGGCACGCAGGUGGGCACAGACCUACAGCCUGGACAUGAUGGAGGCUCUGGCGCCUGACAAGCCCCGCUGCAGGGUGUGUGGUGCAGAAGCAGCCAAGCGCUGCUCUCGCUGCCGGAACGAGUGGUACUGCUCACGGGCAUGCCAGGUGCAGCACUGGCAGAAGCACAAGCCUGCCUGCAACCUGAUGGCCGAGGUGCCAAGGAGUAUGGAUGACCUGUAACAAAAGUGGUGUCUGGCAUCUGGCCCAUGGCUCAGAGAGGCAGAGAUUCUCCCGGUGUGUAGCCCAGAGCUGUAAAGAAGCUGGCAAAGGCCCCUUCUGCCUGCUUCCAGCCCCAUGAAGCACUGCCAGGGUCAGCCUCUCCUCUCCCACCACCCCACCAUGCUGCCUUCUCCAGUAAACCUCCUUGUGCAUCCCAGAGUUGCUUGGCUUCUGCUUUUUCUCUCCUAGCUGAAGGUAACAAACUGCUUCCUCCCCUCCCUCCCACACAGUUAGAGGCAUGUGUCCAUUUUCCCCUCUGCAACAAGAGAAAUUCCAGAGAACCCGAAAAAGCCUGUAAGGUUGUGGUUACCUACUGCAGCUGGGGAGAGAAGGGUGUGAGAAGGCCUCUGUGCUGCCUCUUACCUUUGUUAGAGCAGCGUGGGGAGCAGAGGAUGUGGUUUGCACAAGCCUCUUGCUGUGAGAAAGAGUUUCUUGGGUAUUUGUCAUCUCCCACCUUGCAGGGACCAUUCACCCCGUUUCCUCUCCCUUGAUGUGAUGUUAGCACCAAGUGCUGGGUCCCCUGCCCACCAGCAUUACCAGUAAGCGGGGUUUACUGGAGGGGAUGCCUUUGGGUGCAUCCCCAGCUCUCACUGGUCAGCAGCUGCUGCCAAAGGGCUGCAGCCUUGGUCUGAGCACACCUGCAAAAGGUUGGCCAUGUCCUUUUUCUGAUGGGGUGUUGGGGAAUCCCUGACACAUAAAACUAGGCUUUGCACCAGGGCUGCUGCUGCAGGAGCCACCAGCAGGCAGGAAACCAUCUCGGUCCAGCUGCAGCCCCGGCGGAGCAGCCCGCGCUCGGAGCUCAAUAAACUCCUCACCCCA